GUUGGAGAUGCACUUUUCCUAAAUAUUUACUCAUCAGAAUGGCACACAAAUAAUAAUGUGUCGAAUAUGUACAUGGUGUUAAUUUUAUAUUGGAGAGAAAAUCUAACAUUUUUCAGGGAGAAAGACUCGAUUGAUUCAUACGGUAUGUCGUUACAUCUUUGAAAAUUAACUUUAAAUCGCAGUCAUAUUAUUCAAGCAACCUUUAGCUAUCACUCAAAUAUAUUUACCACUUCUUUUCUUUCUAGUUAGAAUUUCAAUCAAUUUUUUUAAAUUUCGCGCCGCUAGUAAACCUUCGUCUCUGGUUGGCGGUUGGAUAUCGCAAAUAUCGCAAGAGUGACGUAGCUACCAUAAACUUCCGAAAAGAAAAUGGAAAUGUCUACGAAACAAGAAUCAAGAAUCAACGACUAACCUCUUUCCAUGGUAGACUGAACUGAGUAUCUUUCUCUUGUAUCCGAAUUAAUUUCGCGGUGACAAAUAUUUAUUCUUAACUUUUAAGCCAGUUCUUUGUUAUCAUCGCAGUAAAAUUUAUUUUCUUAUCGCGUCCAGGAAAUGCGUUCGACGAAAAUUGUGCGAGAUCCGUUAUCAAGGCAAGUGACAAGGACACAACACGAAUCAACCAGCUCUGAUAGAACUUGAAAUUUUUAUCUAAAUAUGCUCUGAAUCUUGGUGACUUAAUCACCAUGGGAGACCCAACUAGUAACAGUGCAAGCAAAGAUUCAGUUCCUCAGGCGAUGGCGUUCACCGUCCAUUUUGAUAAUCAGAAACAGAGCAACAACCUGGGCUCCAACAAAUUUAUCAAGCGUCAUAUUAGGAACCUAUCCCUCCCGCUAACAAAUGUGUAUCCCAGCAACAUUCCAGCCGAUGGAGGUAAGAUGAAAAAAGCAGGGAAUCAUUCCGAAGGAUACUUCUCUAGUGAUGCAGAGGAUGACAUGAAAAAAAGUCAAACAAAAUUCGAUGAAGAUUUGGAAUCACCCAGCUCUUUACCAACAGAGAAGCUACUUGUCUCUCCCAAUGAACCGCACAAUUUUCUGAUCAACCAUUCGGAUCAGUCAGAUACUGAAUCUUCACAUAGUGAAACUGGAACGUAUACGAUAGAUAAAGAAGAUCAGGAAGUAAUCAAAGCCCGCUUGAGUAUUGACAAGGUAUUUGGAGUGACCGAAAAAAUUGUCAACAACUGUAAAAGAGAGGACAGUAGCUGGAUCAAUGACUGGGCCUCGAAUGUUGUUCGCCACAACCAGCAAAAAGUUAUCCCUCAAAAUCAGCCACAUCGGAAGUCCUUCGGCGGGUUCACAAAAAUUCCAUCACCUGAGUCUCACCUCUUAAAACGUCCUUUAUCAACUGAGAAAAAUCAAAAUUUACUGAAACUAGACCGUACCAUAGCUGCCAAACCUCAAAAAUUUAGUCCAAAAUUAAUUAGUAAAAAAUUAUCGAGUCAGCCAAUAGAAGACUUUAGCGAUAGUAGCUUUGAGACUGAGAGUUUCUUAAGGGAGACGCAAGAAAUUGUAUCUGCCCUCGAAAAUCGAGUCAGUCUGUCUGUAGAUUCUGAGGGGGAUUCCGAUCCAGAUUUAACCGUACAGAACACCUCACCUAAGCAUUAUUCUGGUAAGAUUUUAAACAAAAAUGAACAAUCGGACAGCAGUUGUAGUGAAUCGUCUAGUCAGAUAAAAGCGCCUGUGUCCGAUAAACCUGCAGAUAAAUCUCAGUCGACUCGAUACAAUAGAGCUUUUAGUUUGAGAAAAGGAAGACUUGAUAAACCCAUAGAAAAACCAAAACCUCCUCACUCACCAGUGGCAAAACCAAAACCUAAAAGUGUGAUAGAAGUCAAUAAAAGCCCUGGAAUCCUCCCGCCAAACUUGCGACAAGUUGCAUCUGCCCGCCCUGCAAACACCUUUUCAAGGACUGACUGUGGAAGAUUCAGUAUGCGCACUUCUUCUACAAAGCCUGCUAGUCCUGCUGUCUCCACCCCCAAAAAUGUUGUCAAUAAAAGUAACCCUGUCAAGAAGAAAAAUUUUACACCAACAACGAAUGGCCGCAGCAAUUCCACUCUCUCUCUGAAGGAAGUGGAGUUCCAAAACUGGAAACGACGCAAAAGCUAUGAUCCAAUGAAAGCUGCAGCUGAGGGACGAUUGAAGCAAGUUGCUGCUAAGAAGCAAUCAACGGAUAUUAUGUCCCAAUCUGUGACAAGCGUGGAGCCCACUCCUAAGAGCCCUGGGAAUCCAGUUUUGCGUUCAGCAUCAUUCCAUGGUGUUCAACAGCCUUCUAACAAUGCCCUCAUAUCCUCAGAAGAAGAUGAUGAGGAAAUGACGAUAUCCGUUAAUGGAGAUGAAUAUGAAUGGCCAGUUCUUCAAGCCGCAAAGUCCUCUCAAGAACCAGCUUGUCAAGGUAGUAGAAUAUCUCUGCACAGUAACAUCUCGUUAAAGUCCUAUUCUUCAAGACAUACUGCUGCAUCAGAGAAUUGUAUCGACAGUGAUCUGAUCCAAGUUGUCUUAAAACUCUCCAAUAAACUGAAAGGAAACUCCUCAGCAUUGCUAAAAAAACUUAGAAUCUUAUAUGAUGAAGACAAAGUGAAGUGUCAUCAAAUUUCCUCGGAGAUUGAGCAACUGGAGUGCACAAGUUUUCCUAAUUCUCCUUCACACUCAAAUCCAUCUUUGGAUCUUGCUAAAACGUUCCAAAACCUCAAAAAAAUUAGUAAUUUCAUCAGUGUCCUGGAUGAAGUGUUAUUCGACGAGGAAGAAGAGUUUGCAUAAUCAAACACUUGAGUUUUAACUUUUUAUUUUUUCACAAAAGAAGAAGGUGCUUUUUAUUCAUGUUGUUUAUUUUUUUACCUGAUGUAAUAUUUUUCUUCAUUUUAGUUAAUUUUUUCUUUGAUGACUCAUCUGUAUGUAUCAUUUUUUUUUAGUUCCCUAUAGUCCUAUUAUUUCUUUUUUCAACAUUGUUGAGUAAUUUGGCACCAUAUCAUCGCACAAAUUUUUGGGUCAUCCACUGUACAGUGAGACAAUGGGAGCAAAGGCUGCUGUGUGCAAUAUUGUUGCCUCAGCUGUUAGAUUACAAUAAUUCAUGUCACCUGAAAGACUCUCUGUUUGAUAAGGCGCUAUCCGUAGAGUUAUUCAAUGAAACUUAUUGUUAAAUAAUGGUAUGAAAGUAAUUAAUGAUUUCAAGAUUCUUGUGGAUACUCUCAGAACUGUCAAAGACCAUAGAUCAUAUUAGGAACCAAAAUUUGAAGAUUUAUGAGGUUUCCCAUGUUUUUUCAACUUCAAAUCAUUUUUGCAUCUCUGCCAAACCCUUCAAAUGUUUUCUGUCAGUUUCUUAUUUUCGGUAUUCUCAGUAUCUCUAAUAUUAUUUAAGAUUCAUUUUAAAGUUCCAACAUGCAUGAAAAUAAUUUCAAUGAGGUGCAAACGUUAUUACUUCUUGUAUUAGCACUUGUUCCUGUAUUUAUCCUAUUUCCGGAAAAGCUUAUUAAAUUCGGUAGCCUGUAGUUUCCCUGAGUCUUUGAAGUCUUUAAGUAUAUCAGGAGCACAAUUAUUGCCUCAAUACAACGAUAUCAUGGUUCUACACUAUUUUUAUCGAUUCAGACAACUUUAGACUUCAUUAGUCUUUGAUUUUAAAUCUGUGAAUGUCAUAUGAGUGACAUUUUUACUUAAUAUACACAAGCUUUUAAUUCAAACGGGAAGACGAUGACUUAGUGCAGUCCAGAAGAAAUAAUGUUUUAUCAAAAUUUUGAAGAAAGUACCCUAACAAAGAAGAUAUUCAUGCUUUCAUUACCUCAUGUCCUUCUGAUAGAAAUAUUAUCGCUCUUUAAAUAUACUUUUGACUAAUUCUGUUCUUAUUUUUUAUUUAUCGAUAAAAUUACUUUUUUACCCUAUCAGUAACAUGAAAAAUAGAUUGCCUCAGUUACUUUUGUGCAACUCAUCCAAAAUACCAAUGUUGUCAUUAUAUGUAAUUCCUCAUGUUUCUUGAUCUGAAUUGUUUCAAUAUCAUUUUGAAUGUCAAGUUAAUGUUAGGAGGUAAAUUUACAUAUAUUCUAGAAUCUAUUGCAAAAAAUCAAAGUAUGUUGAAUUACAAUAACAUCUGAGUCUGUUCAUCGCUGUAGAUAUAAGAUAGUCUUAAUUUAGGAACUUGUUUAGAAUUUCUCAAGUUUGCUUUUUUUACCAUGCAAUUGUACAUUUAUAUCAAUUCAUUUUGUAUCAUAUAUAAAUUUUGUAUAUAAGAUUGACGCAUACAAUUUUUGAGUUCCGUUCAUGUUGCCUCAUAAAAAUUCACUAUUUUGUUAUUCUCUCCAAAUUCUGUGUUGUCAAUUGUUACCAGAAAGGAUGGCUAGUUUAAAUGAAUAAUUUUACCGUUUGCGUCCUGCAGCUCAAAAGCUGUUUUGAAUUGAGAGCAUCAUGUCUUUAAACAAGAGUAAGGGGCUGAUAAUUGAAAUGGACAGAUAAAGCGAUAAACAAAGAAGACUGAAGCGAUCCUAUUGGUUGAAAUUUGUGGUUGUCAUAGACUAUGAGGGAAAUGAUGGACCAAAAGUAGGGUCUCAAGCUAGUUGCCGAUGGUAAGUCUAUUACAUCCUUUGUCCAUUACAACCACCUAUUUCAAUCAAUAGAAUCUUUUUAUUUUUCUUUGCCUGUCAAUUUCAACAAUCAGCCUGCAGAAUAUUCUAACGUAAUCGCACCAAAUCAUGAAACCUCCAGUAUUGUAUACCCUAUGUUCAACUGUAGCGUUAGAUGCUUAUCAUUGAAAAUUGAGUCAUUUUUGUUCUUUGCUGUGACUCGUUCUGUUGUUCUUAUUCAGCAAAGUCGGUGCAAACUGCUCUCUAGACUCUGGUUUUGUAACUGAAUCAUUUUGCUGUGCUAUGGAAGAACGCUGUAUGAACAUUCAAAUGUUGCCAAAUUUCUACUUAUGAAGUACGCAAUUUAAAAGAAAAUUAUUAAUAUUUUUAUCUAAAAGUUUCUGAUGGUCUAGAUCAAAUUGCGGGCAAAAUUCUCUGAAAAAUAUGAAGAAAAAUUUUCACAAGUUUCCCAGGAAAUCUGUAUUUUAUCAAAGUAAAUUUGGCAUAAACCGAAGGUUCACUUGGUGUUUUUUCUUAGAACAGCAGUAUAAUUUAGUGUAGUAGUUAAUCAAGGUUUCUACUGUGGGGAAACAGAACAGAUGCAUUGAGAAACUACAGAUUUAGAAAGGUCGGCACAGAAAAUGUAAGGAUUUUUCGUGGAAAGGUAUAAAUAUAUUGAAUUUCCGAGAUUAAGUUUAAAAAAUAACCUUUAGGGUUUGCAAUUUUUCAACUUAGUUCUAUUAAUCAACCUCCUGUAGUUCAAUGCCUCAUAAUUUGCUUCAUUACUGUCCAUUUCUGUAUUAUUCCUACAUUCCACUUCCUAAAUCAGAUUUUCUUUUUUGCCACUUGAAGCUAAAGCUGACCUUGUUUCCCCUAAAUGAAGUGAAUCUCAUUAUGUUUUCGUUGCAGAACAUUGGGACUACCAGGAAAACUAUUUAUGCCAAAUGUUGAAAAAAAAAUAUUUAUUCUAGUGCCUGGGAAAGAAAUUCUGUAUUUCGCAAAGUCUAUAAUAUGAGUGAGUCACGGGGGGAAAAAAAAAGAAAAUUUGUAUGCAGAACAACGAUUUUUAGAAAUCCUUCAAAGAAGAAAUUUUUGUGGAAAUAAAUGAGAAUGAUCAAAAUGUAAUGAAUAAGCAAGGGAUUGUAAUGAUUAAGCAUUGGUAGAAACCCUGUUAAUGAACGCUGUUCUCCUCAAUGCAGAAUGUUCGUGUUUGGUAAAUUGCUUCUGUAAUCACCUUGCAUUUAAUGCUCCGCAUAAAAUGAUAAAGAUUGAACCUUUGUAGAUUUUGGUGGGUUCUUAAGCCAAAUCAGUGCAUCAGUUGCGUAAAUGCAGAGUUAAGAAUUGAUUCUUGAGACACGUAGAUUAAUAAAAGAAGAUUGUGAAGAUCGACUAUCUUAAUCUGAAAGUCGAAAUUAAAUGUAAAUAUCACUUCUACACAAUCUAAAAUAGAAGCUAUUUGUUUAUCUGUUUAAUAAAAUCUCUCCAGUCGCCAAGUUUGCACAUCUAAUAUUAGGUGAGGUAUCGCCUUUUGAAAAAAAUGGUUUUCUAUGUGAAACACUGCAGUAGUGCAUGUCAUGAUCUAUUAUUUUGCUACAUAUUAUUAUACAUAUUUAUCUCGCAAGUGAUGAACACAUUGCCAGACAUGCUCUGAAUGCUCGCUAGACAGCAUGGAUGUUACCAAAGCGCAUAAAAUCAUGAUGUACACUACUGCUUUAGGUGAUUUUAAUCUUUGUUUGCCUUAUAAGGCAACAUUUCUGUUCUUACUUGAUGCGGUAACUUGGAGCUGUGAUAGAUUUUAUUAUUUUCUGCUGCUAUCUAAUUGAUCAUCAUCAGAACAAGAUUUUGUGAUGCGUGCCACAUAUUUACUACAGAUCGUAUACUUGUGUUUGAUACAUGACUCUUCUAAGAUUUUGUUGUUAAAAUUUUUUUUUCUAAUUAUUUCAGUUGGACCUAUCUUUUUUAAUUUGAAUAAUUACAUUUCUGCUUAGUUUCA